AUGGUUCCUAAUGUUCAUCUUACUAAGGAUGAUGGUGAUCCUCUAGAUGAUCUAAAAAUAUAUAGGAAAUUGGUUGGGAAAUUGAACUACCUCACAGUGACCCGUCCAGAUAUUGCAUAUGCAGUCAGUAUUUUUAGUCAGUUUAUGUUUGAACCGACAAUCAAGCAUUGGGAAGCCUUGGAACAAAUCUUGUGCUACUUUGAAGGAGCUCGUGGCCUUGACAUUUUGUAUAGCGACCAUGGAGAUACUCGUAUUGAGGUUUUUGCAGAUGUUGAUUGGGCUGGAUCAAGAAUUGAUAGAAGAUCUACCACUAGCUAUUGCAUUUUUGUUGGUGAAAAUUUGGUGUCUCGGAGGAGUAUUAAACAAACUGUUGUAUCUCGAUCUAGUACAGAAUUUGAGUAUAGAGCUAUGGUUAAAUCCACAAGUGAAUUACUAUGGAUUCAUCACCUUUUAGUUGAGAUCGGUUUGAACCCUUUGUCUCCAGCAAAACUUUUGUGUGAUAAUAAGGCUGCUCUCUACACAUUGCCUCAAAUCUAG